AUUGUUAUAUUUCUGAUCUGCAGUAUUCAUAUGUCAAUAUGUCGGUUAAUGAACGUCAACCUUUGAUAGUGAAUACUAACAAAAUUGUAUCACGUACUUUCAAAUGUAAACACUUUAUUUUGUUUCCAACAGCUAAUUUAUUGUUUUUCGGAUAUGUUGUGCAAUUCUAUGUUAUUUCUCAGUGGAUACAUAAUGUUAUUCAAAAGAAAGCAAAUCACCAGGGCGACGGUGGUCCUUCUGAAUGUUCAUUAAGUAACUCUAGCGAUCCGAGGUUUAUUUCAUUUCAAAACGUCGAGAAAAGGACAGCUGUUUGGCAACUUUAUUUCAUGAUUGCUUCAUCUUUACCGGCAUUCUUUGCAACUGCUAUACUCCCGUCGUAUUCGGAUACCUUCGGGCGGCGUUUUUUAUUCGUAUUUUCGUACAGCGCAUAUCUUUUAAAAUAUAUUUUGUGCGGGCUCACUAUUUUUUACGAAUGGCACCUAAUUUGGUUGAUCGUUGCAUCCUUUUUAGAGGGCAUAACGGGCUCAUAUUUCACAGUUUAUUCUGGUUGCUAUUCAUUCAUAGCAGACGUCACUGAGCCCGGACGUCAACGAACGCUUGUCUUCACACUGUUUGAUGGUAUUCAAUUAUUAACAUUAACUUUGGGUGGCUUUGUUGCGGGUUAUUUCAUUGAAUUUCAAGGAUAUUUUGUUCCUAUGGCAUUAUGUACUUUGAUACAGUUUUGUGCAUGGGUUUUAGCACUAAUUUUCCUUCCUGAAACCCUCCAGGAGGAAAACAUCUGUGACGUCACUUCCGUUUUCACAAAUUUAAAACGAACUGUGGACUUCUACCGAAGUGACGAGUUUUCAGGCAAAAGAGCAGCGUACACGUUAUUAGUGCUUUCGAUCUUCACUGCCGAAAUGGCAGGAAGCAAUCGGGCAUCAAUUGAAUUGUUAUAUCAACUUGGCAAGCCAUUCUGUUGGCCUUCACAAAAGAUAGGACUUUUCAGUGCGGCCCGGCAUGCUGCGCAGGGAUUGGCUGGAAUAUGUCUGAUAACACCAUUAAAGAAAUGUUUGUCAGAAGUUAGUAUCGCCAUUAUAAGUAAUUUCUCAAAUACCGCUUCUUUCGUGCUGGAGGCGUUUGCAAAGUCAGAUCUGAUGCUUUACCUUGUUCCCGUACCAGCCUUACUAGGUCGACUGACAGUAUCAAUGUCGAAAAGUCUGAUGUCGUCUAUGACAGACCCUGACAAACAAGGAUCAUUAUUUGCGAGUAUAACAGCGGUGACAAGUAUAUGCGGAUUUACCGCACCAUUUUUAAACAAUGCUGUGUAUGCCGCAACAGUGACGUUCUUCAAUGGAUUCAUUUUCCUGGUACUCGCCGGGUUCUGCCUACUCGGGUUCACUCUUCUUUUGAUCUUUGCAAAAACACAGCAAGUGAAAACAACGGGAGAAACAAUUGAAAAAGUUGUAUCGGACGAUUAGAGAAACAAAAACCGUAUUUUAAUUUUAAACCAUUGAAUUACAUACGUACGCAUAUCAUGACAAUGGCUAAAGAUCGUUCCGAAGUUUAUUCACAAAACAAUAAACCCGGAUGUAGACAAGCAGAACGCCGGUGUUUGAAUUAUAGUUAAACUCACGGAUUAGAUUUAUUGUCCUCACACUAAUCCACAUCUUGAAAAUUCUUGUGAGAUUUGACAGAAGAACCCCAUAGGUAGAAUAUGAAAUAAACUAUUGUGUGGCCAGUAUCAGGAAAGACAUAAAACAAUUCUUCAUUCAAAUAAAUACUUUUAAACAAUCUUUCGGAAUAUUAUAUAGAGAUAUAUCUGUUACACUCUUUUCAAUGAAACAACAAUGAGUGAAAAAUAGGGAAAAAAAAGGGAUCACCGUCCAGAUUAAUUGCAUUUCGUUCCUAACUAGAUUUCGCCGUAAAAUUGAUUUAAGAGUUUAUUUUACAUGGUUCACCAACAAGGUGUCAGCAAAGGAGUUUGAAAAGGUUGCAAUAAUUCUGACGACCGACUGGAUAGAAAACAUGGUCUUAACUUUAUUCUUUGGCUCGGUGAUAUGAUGCAUUUCGCAUUUCUUUUUGGAUCGAGUCUUGCCCAGUGCAAGAUCUUUUCGAUUCGUUUUAUUACAAACUAAAUUUUAGUUAAGAACUAGAACCCUUAUUAUGUAAAAGGCCCAAAUAUUAAUCGUUUUAUCAACAAAUCAAAAUUAAGAAACCUUGUUAACAGUAUGAAUGUCUCGUGUCUAAAAAUAAAGAAUUCAUUAAAAUGUUUGCUUUUGGGCCUUUAUCCGUUGAAUUUUAAUGCAUUUACCAUGUAUUGAAUUGGAAAAAGUCCAUUUAAUAAAUAAGGAGAUAUUAAUAUAUCAAUAUACAAUUAAAAAAUCAGCUACAAACCGCUGGUCUGGCUUUAUGGUUUAUCGUCUAAACAGUAAAUUUCUUUCUGUCACAUUAAAGGUAAUAAAAGUGGUAUUUUAUUUGACGUUUUAGUUUAACAUUUUAGAGAUAACAGUAUUUGUCUUCUUAAAAGAAGUAUUUACACUCUCUGUUCCCUGAUUGGCGCAUUGUUUUUACCAUUUUAUAGUAUAUUUAACUUGUUUUAUGACGAAUGCUUACAUAGCUUCCGGAUUACUUUAGAAAGUCUUCCUGAUUUGAGAUCAUGAAUUAUCAUAGACUAUAAAUACAAAUGACGAAAAUGCAUUCGUUUAGUUCCUGUUCCCAUGAAGAUAUAUAAUAUUCAAAAAAUCUUUAUUGACUCACACGUUCAAUAAAUCUUUCUUAUCACAAGCAAACAAAACAUUUGGUUUUAAAGGGUAUUCAUUUUAAACAUACAUAUCACAUAUUAAGAAAGAAAAAGCUUUAAAUUGUUAAAGAAUGACAAGGUUUUGGAAAACAUUAAAAAUCAAACAUGAUUUCAAAAUUUGUCACAGCUAAUUCAUAUUCUUUUAGAUGAGUGGCGGUGAAUUUCAGAUAGAAAAUAUUAAAUCGUUGCAAUGCACUUUGAAUUGAAGUUUGAAAUUCAUACUUUUUAAUCUAUUCUUUGGAUGAGAAACUCUCGCUUAAAAACAUGCGAACAACGCAAUGAUUAUUCAAAAGUUUUCAUUCAAUGAAAUGAUAAAUCAUUCAUGGUAUUGGUAGUUUGUACAAGUCAUAAAAUCAUUUUUAUCAUUAGUUUUAAAGAUGUAUGACAUGUCCUAAUAAUAGUUAUAAAGAUUUUUUGACAGGUUAUAAAGGCCCUUUAUAAACGGUUAUUGGUAAAUAUAACCCGAGCCGCAAGCUUACAUACGGCCAUGUAACCUGUCAGAAAUAUAGAUAACAAAUUUAUA